AUGCUUUUCGUCGUUUCGCUCACAAUAUCGGCAAUUGUCUGUGCUCAGGCGCAGAGCCAGCCAACGCCACAAAACGGUCUACGCUGUGGAUUCUCUUGUACAAGAACAGCAAACUUUACCGGGAGCAUCGACGGAGUUAUGACGACGGCGACCUGCACCGUGGAUGGAAUGAACCCGAGAGAUCGCUGUGAGGGAUGCUGUCAGGCGCGUGCGUUGGCUGCUGGACUAACUGCGUUCGACGGAGCUGGAUUUCCUUCCAACAACGGACACGAUUGCGUUUGCUGUAUCUAUAACGCAUGCAAAUAAGCUAAGUCCACUCAACGUAGAAAGUGAUUCAUUGUGCAGUGAUAGUGAG